GAGCUGUAACGCUAUCUUAGCAGCAGCUAGCAGGCACAACUUUGGGAAAACGAAGAAACGAGGUGCACAUCUGUCCAUCCUGCUGUGUGCUGGGCAGGGAGGGAAGAGAUGGGGAGGGAAGAGGUGCCAGGAACCUCUUGGUACACGGGCUGCAUCACCGCGUCCCUGCCCGAGUGAGCUCAUGGGGCUCAGCUGGGCUCGCAGAGGUGGCGCAGACGUGUCACGGAAAGUCCAAGAGGGGCGCUUGUUCCAGGGCUGCCCGGACAAUGAAGAAUGGGCUGCCAGCCCCUGUGUGUCCCCCGGGCGAUGCCAAGGCAGGCAGAUGAAUAGCGGGUCUGUUCCAGCAGCUGUAUCCCGGCUCCGAGCGCUCCGAGCGCUCCGCCCGCGCAGCGAGCCGCAGCCCCGGCACAGGGAUAAGGAUGGCCUCGGAAAGGGACAGCGCCAGCCCGCACGGCAUGAAUCCUCACCUGCGGAUCAACGGGCCCAUGAACAUCAACCACUAUGCCACCAAGAAGAGCGUGGCAGAGAGCAUGCUGGACGUGGCCCUGUUCAUGGCCAAUGUCACUCAGCUCAAAGCUGUGCUGGAGCAGGGCACCUCCUUCCAGUACUAUGCCACCCUCAUCGUGCUCAUCAGCAUCUCCCUCUUCUUCCAGGUGAUGAUUGGGAUUCUCCUCAUCAUCACUGCUCGUUUGAACCUGAAUGACAUUGCAAAGCAACCCCGCCUGAAUAUACUGAACAACACUGCCACAGCUCUCAUCUUCAUCACAGUCAUCCUCAACAUCUUCAUCACAGCCUUUGGGGUGCAGAAAACUGGCCUCUACCCUACCAGGAAUUUUGGACCUUAUUAAUUCAUGGGGCAGUGGACUCAGGAUCUGAGCAGUGCAGCUCUCCUCCACACUUCCACUGACCUCAGCAGGAGCCCAUGGACGAGUCCAGAAAACUGGGUUAAACUUCAAAACUCUGUGUGUGUCAUACCAUACUGGCCCCAUACUCUCAUGCUUUGGCAGUUCUGAGAGGUGGGAAUUUGCCUUUCCCAGCUAGAGCAAACUUUGCAAGAGAAAACUGCAGGAGCAGCAGCAGGUAUACAUUUUAAAAGUGCAGUUCUGUAAACUUUAUUUUAGCUGCCUGCUUCACAUAUUCAAUAUUGGCUCAUUUGGUAGAGAAGAGUGAAUUAUUUGCUUUGUAGGCAAAAUAUAUAAGUCCAGCUUUUUUUUUGGUCUCAAAUCUAAGCUGAUACCCUUGAAGCAAUAGUACCUCCAGUGUUGGAAUGGAUUUCUCAAACUAAAAAAGAAGUUUUCCUAGCAGCACAGAAUGAUGUGUGUACAUGGAGAUAGCUAGAACCAGUUCAAAUGUUUUCCUAGUUGUUUAAAAUUAAAUGUGACAGAGUUAAGAAAACAAUCAGAUAUUUCCAGCACUGGAAUAUUAAAAGGACAAAAAAUAGUUAUUGUGGUCUGAUGUCAUCAUCAGGGACCUAUCAGGAAUGAUGUCAGAACAGCCUGACAAUAUUUAGGACAAAAUGAAGAAACAUUAAACAUAAGAACAUAGCCUAGGCUUAUUGCCACAAUGAAAAAUUUCAGUUGAAUAGGUUAUUAUUGUAUUAAAAAAAAAUCACCAUUAUGAUUUAUUCUUAUCAUUAAUAUAAAUGUUUUAAAAUGCAUUUGGUUUAUGAUGACAGCUCUGGUAAUUAUCUUUUAUUAGAACAAUUUGUUUCCUUAAAAAAAAAAUCCUUUGAAUUAAUGAGUUUUAAGAUUUUGAUGAAAGAGUAAAAACUUCUGAUCCUAAAUUUUUUACUCUAUAGUCAUGCAUUAAAAAAUGUAUUUUAAUAGUCUUAUGUAAGCCUAUUUAAGUAAUUACAUGCUCUUUUGAUUAUUAAAUGAUUUUUCCAUUGUACUGCAG